CUGGCAUCAUUAAUGAGGCAUGUUAGAAGAAGAAUUUAAUUUUAAUUGUUUACAACAUUAUUUCAUUAUUUAAAAAACAACUUCUGUCGGACAAAAUCGCUUUCUGAUUGCCCUUUAUAUAGAUAAGAAAGUGGGUGAGCUAUAAAAUGUAUAACGGCGAAUGCAUAGCAAUCAAGGACAUUAAACCCGGCCUUAAGAACAUAAAUGUAAUUUUUAUUGUGCUCGAAAUAGGUACUGCUACUGUGACUAAAGAAAAUAGAGAAGUUAGAAAUUUUAAGGUUGGGGAUCAUACAGCCUGUAUAAAUGUUAGUAUUUGGGAUGAACCAGGAAAGCUUAUUACACCAGGAGAUAUUAUAAAAUUAACCAAAGGUUACGCUUCAAUUUGGCGUCAUUGCCUUACACUAUAUUCUGGAAAAAAUGGAGAAGUAUAUAAGAUUGGCGAGUUUUGCAUGACAUUUAACGAAGCUGUAAAUAUGAGUGAGCCUAAGCGGCCAGAUCAACAGACUGUUGGUCCCACACCUCAAGUUAUGGCUCCUGCACAAAUGACAUCCGGUGCAGGAACAUCGCCUGUCGUUGUUGGUCAACCGCAACAAGUUUCAACAGGUGUUACCAAUAACAAUGGAAACGCCGUUCCAAGGCCACCAACGAUAGGCGUCACUGGGGUAAGUGGAGUUCAGGUUGUAGCCAAGCCAGUGCAACCGGUUGGUAUAAUUGGUAAUGGGGCCGCAUCUAAAACGACAUCCCUAGGAACUACAAAUGUUGUUACUCCAUCUCAACCGGCAUCGAAAACUUCAACAAGUCGCGGUGGUCGCACGAAUGUUACACGAGCUAGUAACAUAAAAACAGAAAGAAGAUGAAGUUUUGAAAAUAAAUUUAUUUUAUAAGCUUAAAUAAGGUAGUAAUAUAUGUACAAAACUGGA